UGGUACACCCAACAUAAAUGGUACAUUUCACACCACCUCUUCCCUCCCACCUACACCUUCCUUGCAAUUUUCAGCUUUCCCAGUUCUCUAACUCUUCUAUUAAUUACAUUAAUUUCAGAGAAGAAAUUUACUUCCUUACCUGAACCAACAGACCUACUUAAUUGGUAUUUAUACUCAAUCACUUGUUGGGUAUAGAGUCAAAUAUUACAGCCAACCAUGCCUUUGUUACGUACCUGUAUUCUUUUAUCUUCUUUAGUGUUCUUCAAUAUCCAGCGGGGAAAUUAUUGCAGAGGUGAAACCCAGGCUACCUCUAGUAGUUUUGCUCAAACAAAAGGAAACCAUUUUGUUAUGAAUGGGAGAUCAUUCUACUUGAAUGGGUUCAAUGCAUAUUGGAUGAUGUACAUGGCAUCUGACCCCUCUACAAGGGCCAAGGUCACUUCUGCAUUCAAACAAGCCUCCAAGUAUGGUAUGAACAUUGCCAGAACUUGGGCUUUCAGCGAUGGCGGUAGCUACAGACCCCUUCAGUCCUCUCCUGGUUCCUAUAACGAAGACAUGUUCAAGGGAUUAGACUUUGUGAUCUCAGAAGCUAGAAAUUAUGGUGUGCAUGUGAUACUGAGCUUGGUGAACAACUUCGACGAUUAUGGGGGAAAAAAGCAAUAUGUGCAGUGGGCAAAGGAACGUGGCCAAGCCAUAAACAACGAAGACGACUUCUAUAACAACACUGUUGUCAAAGGCUACUAUAAAGAUCACGUUAAGACUGUUCUCACGAGAAUCAACUCCAUUACUGGGGUGGCUUACAGGGACGAUUCAACCAUUUUUGCUUGGGAAUUAAUGAACGAGCCUCGUUGUCAACUUGAUCCCUCUGGAACCCUUCUCCAGCAAUGGGUGAAAGAAAUGGCUGCUCACGUCAAGUCCAUUGAUAGUAACCAUUUACUGGAGAUAGGGCUUGAAGGAUUCUAUGGUGGAACAACCCCGGAAAAGAAGCAGUUCAAUCCUAGUAACCUAGAAUAUGGGUCUGAUUUCAUAGCCAACAACUUGAUUCCCGAGAUUGACUUUGCCUCGAUUCAUAUAUACGCUGAGCAAUGGUUACGAGGGGCAAGUGAAGAGGCACAAGCUGAUUUUGUGGACAAAUGGGUCGGAGUACACAUUGAAGACUGUAACUCAGUGGUAAGAAAACCACUAAUUAUGGGGGAGUUUGGCAAAUCUUACAAACUACCAGGGUACACCAUAGAAAAGAGGAACGCCUACUUCGAAAAACUAUACGACGUCGUCUACCGCAGCGCAAGCAGUAACAGAGCAUGCACAGGUGCGCUUUUCUGGCAGCUGCUUGCUCAAGGAAUGGAUAACUUCAAAGACGGAUAUGAUGUCGUUCUGGAGGAGAGCCCUUCCACGGCUAGUGUGAUUGCUCAACAAUCUCACAAGCUAAUCGAGUUAACUAGGCAAGAUAGUAAUGUUACAAAAAGUACUUGACACGGAAAUUAGAAAGUAAUGCUCAUCUAUUUGAGCAAAGUACUCUACAAUUCCUGAAUAAACAUACACGGAAGCAAGUCGAGCAACAUUUUGAACUCUUGCCAAUUUGGGUAACCAAACUUCAUUUUCAAACUUUAUUAUGGAAAAAAUGAAAUUAAUAAGGAUAAA